AGGCUCCCUGUUCACUUCCCUAAACAUCUGUUUUUAAAUAGUUCUACAGUAGUAGAAAAGCCAGUCAAAUAAACUUUAUAUGAACACCUUAAGUACUUACAUAUGAGCUAGAUUUUGAGAACUUUCACUAAAGAAUGUGUAUACCAUGUUUCAUCACAGGAAGAAAAGUGAUUCUCAAGAUCUACUUAAAAUACAGUGCCUGUAUUAUUAACAUACUUAACGAAAAGAUAAAGUUCCACGUAAUAGAUUUAGAAUCACACACGUUUUGUAGAUGCUCAAUUGAUUUGUUUUUCACUGUAAUAUCUCUCUUUCAGAACUGUCUAAAUUCAUACAGAAAUAUAUGGUCAUAAGAAAAGUGCCUGAUCAAUUGACCCAGCCCCAAUCCAGCAAGGGAGGACAAAUAUCCAAAAGAUUUCAGCACCUCUUCCAGCAAGAAUGUGACAUUGAGAAGGAGGUGGUAAAGGAGGAGAAGCCUAUUAAGUCCUGUAAAGAGGUCAGCCCUCUAUUGGUUCCUCACAGUCCAAGAUUAGUCCAAACCCCUUCUACAGAGUCCUGUAGACCCUUUACCUGUGGUCCAGCAACCACAUGCAACCAGUCUCCAGAAGAUAAGCCCAAAGAACAUAUCCAGCCCUACUGGGAACAGCCUUAUUGUGGUGAGGACAGUGUGGCCACUGAAAAAUGUGAUGCUUCUCUGUUGGAGCAGCACCAGGUGGAUAGCAAAGACCUGAAUAGAUGUUCCACCUCUAUUGAGAAAUAUGAAGAGUUCCCCCAAAGGAAAUUGAACUCCCUAUGUCAGCCUUGCCCACCUAAGGAUCUGCAGAGUUCUCAUGGGGAUAUGGACGUUGUUAGUGAACCAGACCCCCAUCAUCCCAGAGGACAUCUUUGCCAAAAAGAUGAUUCAAAUCAAUGGAGUCCUCCUGGUUAUCUUAUCCUAAUAAAACAGAGGGUCAUCCCUUAUUCCACCUUGGACAUGGAAAACCUCUGCCAACCAGUGCACACUUCAUCCCUGGCCUUGGAGAAACUGGAUACAGACCAAACCCAAUACGUCCAUCUUAUGAAGGUGAAAUAUGAGAAGGGGAUUAGGUGCCAGCAGCAAAGAGCCAAGGAAACCAAAAGAAGCAAGAGGCAAGAUUCCCUCCAACACUUGGAGUAUGAAAGAAACAAGAGGAGUAGACAAAGCAAUGAGUCCACCAGAAUGCUAACAGAGAAUGGUCUACAUUUUGUGGGCACCACUCAUCAAUGUAAAUUAAACAGUGUAGCUUGCUUUAAGGCAGAACAUUUAGGAAACUGUGAUGGAGAAUGCUUUGUCUGCCAAGGGCGCCAGCAUAUGCCUGUGGAAGCCAGUUUUAGGAGAAAUGAAAGUACCGGCCAUGGAAGCCAAAUGAAUUGGCAAGCAAGGAGGACCAAGAAGAAUGUUGAAGCCCAGAAGUGGGUUGAAAGAAUUUCUAAAGGGGAACUGCACAGAAGUUCUCCAGAGAAGCAGGGCCUAACCCAGUGCCGACAUGCUUGCCCAAGCCAACUACCCAGAUGUCACACUGAGAGAGAGGGUCAGAGGCAGACAUGCACUUGCAAGGCCUGUUGGAGCCUCAACAGACAGCAAGACAGAGAGAGCAGUUACCCCAGCUCAAAGUGUGGCCACAAACACUGCGAGACUCCAAGAGUGAGCAGAAGCUGGGCCAAUGUCAGGUCUGCAACUAAGCAAGACCAUGGAUUUCCUGAGGCAAAGCGAAGCCCCAAGACCGCUUUCUUGAGUAAUACAGACAAGUUGGAGGUCCCUACACCCCAGUGCUUGUGCUGUAACUGCUCCAGGAGAAUCCAGCACUGCCACACCCCACAGGAGCCCAAGAAGCGAAGCAGGAGGCAGCCCCAGGUCAGCAGGCCUCCCCGGCAGGCCUCACAAGAGAGGCUGGGUCUGGCUUUCCUGAACACCGAGGACCUGCAGAGCUGGCUGCGAGGGGAGAGGGAGUUAGUAGAUAGGCAGCAGCUGGCUUGGAGGCUCAGUAACAUGAAUCUGAGAAGAGAGAGCUGGAGUUCCAAUUACUGACAUUCUUCUGCAGAGUGAGCCACCCAUACCGCAAUGGAACAUGCUUUAUUAGUGUAUUCUUCUCAAGAUACCAGCUUUCUGUUGACCAGUUAAUUACAACUGAAAUACAAGAAAAUACAGUAUGGCCUGCUGCAUGGCUAACCAAUUGAUUAAAAUGGAUUCACACUUAAAUAAAAAUAUUUGCAUACCCGUGGUAUCACAAUAAUAUUAAAGAAAACACACUCGUAAUCCACUGCAGUACGUUGGCAAUGUAUCAGGACCACUGUGCGACACAGUUUAACUUGCAAUGCCCGUUCCCUUUUACAGUAUCAUUAUGGCAUAAAUGUGAAAUGUCCAACGAGGUUAUUCCUUAGUUAAUGGUUAUUUGAAUUGCCCCCUUUGGGUUCUAAAGCUACAGUGAACUCUGAAUGACCAUUUAGACAGCUGAUUCAAGAUGCUUCUGUCAUUCAUUUGUAUUAAGUGGCUCACUGGUGUGAGUCUUAUCUUGUGGAUUAAUUCAGAAUGAUUCACUCAAUACAACAAUUAGUCAGUUUAAUACUAAUGUUUUAUUAAACUUCAAUAUCAGCACUGCCCAUUUCAGAGACAAGAGAGUGUGCAGUCUUCAUUUCUUCCUCUGGUCUAACUAAGGUCUCCAUAAAGGUCUUAAGGUCUCCAUAAAAAGCUUUUUUAUACCUGGCCUGUUGUUACAUCAUUCUUUAACAAUUUGUUCUUUUUGUAACUGUUUUCCAGCUCAGUUUGGUAUCUUCUCAAACCUUUUCCCGGUCCUUCUAAUAACACACUCACAAUGCAUGCAUUUGACACACACACACACACACCCUGCUAGUAAGAUAUAUUACUGCACAGAUACAAACUUAUGUAAUUCGAAUAGAAGAAAAGAAAAUACACAGACAAAGCAUAGCAACACCUUGUUUUCUAACAAUAUUGAAACAAAAAUAUAGAGACAGUUAAACUGGUCUACAGCAAAUACAGUUUUUACUAUAGCUAUAUCAAAAUCUUUAUGCAGUUUUAACCAAUGGAAAGCAUUGUCUCACCACAGUUGUUUACAUAUAAAGGAAGUUUAUUGCCACCUUGAUAACUGGUGAAAACAUGGCUAAAUGUUUUGCAUCCUGUCUUGGGAGAUGCUCGGAAGCUUUUGUUAUUAAAGGUUUUUCCUCUUUUGCACCCUCACUUGAAUGGGAGAGUCCCUCAGGUCUGUCUUCUAGGAUCUUGUUUCCUAUUUUUGAGAAUGUCAACAAGCACAGAAACAUAUAUAACGCAACGAUAA